AUGGAAUACAUCUCCAUACUCAAAGACGAUGUGGAUUUAUCGAAAUCCCAUAGAUACCUCCGAUUACCCCAUCCUCGUACGGGCCAACCCCAACUGUAUCUCCCCCACACUUCCUCCGCAGGCAAAGAAAGUAUUUUGGAAACAGUUAAAAUUAGUGGAUCACAGCGGAGGACUUGGUUUAAAGGUGAUCAUGGGAUCGACGCGGGAACUAUACUAGUUCACUAUCCAGUCGAUCCGCUGUUUUUGGUAAUUCCAAUAAUACUAUCUCUAACGACGAGUAGCAAUGCUCAAUCCUUUCAACCUCUCUCUGACAUCCUCUCGACAGCCGCCGCCUCAUCAUCGUUCUCCCUGCCAGAACCAUUCACAACUCCGACCAAACCUGGUCAAUCAUCGACAUCAUCGAAACACAAUGGGGACUUGGGGACAGUACUGAGCUUCACAAGCGUAAAGAGAGUGUUUAAAGCUUGCUGCGAAAAGAAGGCUAUACCGUCCGUCCAAUCCUCAGCGGAAAAUCCCACACCUGCUCAAAUUUAUUAUCGUCCGUCGGUGGCCAUAGUCCUGAAUCAUCUCAAGAAGAAGGUAGACCAUCUUUCAAGUCCUGAGCAAUAUGAGAAAUUUGAUCAUCUAGUCAGAGGAUUGGGUAAAGAUGGUUUAUUGGAUGGCGAGGGCGAUAUGGACGUUCUAAGAAAUUUGGCCAAGCGGAAAGCAGUCUGCGAGCACCUCAGUCAAUGGCUGCCGCCGUCUGUCACAGCGCAACUGGCAGAAUCGUAUAACUUUACCCCACUCUCCACGCAUCUAGCAAACCGUUCCGCUGCUGCAAUAGCAGCUUCUGUACCUCCUUCCAACACUUCGAACAAGGAUCCUACGGCCAAGGGGACUAAGAGAAAGGCUCCUCCUACUUCUAAAGGUGUCGAGGCACUCAAAAAAGUAAACACGAACAGUAUGUCAAAACUGACUAGCUUCUUCAAACCAAAAGAAGGGAAAAAGAAAUGA